AUGGAAAAACAAACCAAAAGCAAACCUGCUCCUACUCAAAGUGCACUGGCUGAAGGUGGAGCAGGUUUGACAGCUCCGUGGAGAGCUGCUCCAAGAGUUGUGUAUUCCUCCCACCCUCAAGCUAUCACUUCCUGUAACAUAAAACAGCAAGAGAUCAACAGUAAGAAUGUACUUUGUACCAUAUCAAAGUACAAGCUGGAUGAUGACCACAGGGAUCAAUUUGAUGGCUUUGAUCUUUCAUAUACUGUCCCCAGAAAACAUCUACCAAGGCUGAGGUGCUCCAGUCAAAUCCCAUCAGCUUUUGGAGCAACCAAGCAACCAAGGGAUUUCUUCCCUAGAGAUGUAUCUGAACAGAUACGGCAUUUUUCUUUUUCACUGUUAGGUUUGUACUGCUCAGCCAUGAAGGAAACUCUUCCUGACUUCAGGAUCCUGGCCAUAUACGGACACACAGAGCCUGUGAUAGGAGGUCUUUUGAAACCAGCUUCAGUGAUUGCUGAUGAGGGUGAGAGAAGCAGACUGCAUGCCUUGCCAAGGCCAGCCUCUGCUAACCCGUGGCUGAUGUUACAGUUCAUAUCAUGGACCCUAAUGCCUUCAGCAAAUAAUUAACUUCCUCAUUAAAACUGCAUUGUGGGAGGGUUUUCCUGCACAGACUCCACAGGGAUGUUGUUCCAGAAGUUUACUCCAAGUUAAAACCCUCCUAAUAUGAAGCUUGAUUUUAUUCACAGCCAGUUCACAGCUGUGCAUAUUUAUCUUUCCCUCUUUGAUAUUUCUGCAGAACUAAUUAAUAGAGCCUCCUGUCCUUUUUGGUUAACUGAGUGUCAUGCUUUCUUUAGUAAAUGAGUUCUCCAUGCCCUCCUCACUCCCCUGAGGCCACCAGACCCCAUUGUACCUGUCCCAUCCAGGCAUUUCUUAGCUCAUUAAAA